GUCUUCAUCCUUGGACCAGAAAUCUCUUUCAAACCCCAGAUUGUGACAGUUCCUGGGUGAGCAGUGGAUCUUUGUCCCCCUCUCCUGACGCUCUUGAAUGGGACCUUGUCCUGGAAGGAGCCAUGGAUCUCUGGCUUCGGUUAAUUUACUUCCUGCCCACAGUAUCUGGAGCCCUGGUGCUGCCGGAAGUCAAGCUGGAGGGAAUGCUGGGCGGAUCUAUUACCAUUGAGUGCCCGCUUCCUGAAACGUAUACGAGAGUGUAUCUGUGCCGCGAGAUAGACAAAUCUCAAGCGUGUUUCACCGUGGUGUCCAACAAGAGCUUUGUCAGGAAGGAAUACAAGCACCGCGUCACCCUGAAGCUGAGUCCACACCAGAACCUGUUCCUAGUGGAGGUGACAAAGCUGACCCAGAGUGACAGCGGAGUCUAUGCCUGUGGGACAGGCCUGCACACAGACCGGGGCAAGACCCAGAAAGUCACCCUGGAUGUCCACAGUGGCUUCAGGCUCCUCCCAGAGCCCACCAGUGCAUUCUUCAUGCCUCCAGCAGAGUAUGACCCAUUCUGGGAAGAGGAGCCGUUUCCACCAUGGUUUCAGAAAGUUCCACCCAUGGAGAUGCUCCCUUGGUUCCAGAAACCUGUACUUGCCAGCUCCCUCGAAGUCCUUCCCCAAGUGACCUCACCAGCUCCAAGGACAGAGGCCCCUCCAGCACACCCCUCCUCCCCCACCACCCCAGUCACCCACCGCCCUCGAGUUUCCAGGUCAUCGGCAGUGGUGGCGGCCAAGCCCACGACCCGCCUGCCAUCCACCACAAGCUCAAAGACCUCAGCCCCGGAGAGGCUGCUCAGGCCCCAGACAGACAGCUACAACCAGCACACCAGGCUUCACAGGCAGAGAUCCUCCCACCAUGGCCCGGCGCCCCGAAUGGAAGACCAGGGGUUUCACCUCCUGAUCCCCACCUUCCUGAGCCUCAUCCUGCUGACCCUUCUGGGGCUGCUGGUGACCCGGAUCAUUCAGAGGAAGAAAGGUGAGCGGUCGGGCUGGGUUAGAGGGAACUGA